AUACUCAUACUUAUUAACAUUCCUUCGCAAAUACGUCCGAUCACAGCGAAGUCUGUCAUACAAAUGGAAUAACGAUCGAAAUAUUCCGCCCCGCAUGCGCUCCUCAUGUUGCCACGGGCGUGCUAGAGCGAAACAUACUGUCAUCGUAUCCAUUGCACUCAUAGAACCGCGGCCAUGUCAGUUCUGCCCGCGCGAGGUGCGUUUUCGCCAUUUUGUAUUUGAGUGUCGACGAAAAAUGUUCAGUGGUCGCUUGACAUUCGUGACCGUGGAAAAGUGCGUAGUUUUAUUUUAGUUCUCGAAUAAUCUACUGUUGUAGUAGUGAAUUAAAAUGGAAACGACAAACAUGGAGAAAAAACCAGAACCCGAAAUGGGCCAGUUAGACAAGUUCAAGCGUCGGUUGAUACGGUCGGUGGCGUGGAUGCUGAUCCAUCAGAAGAUUCCCGAAGCAGAUGUCUGGAAAGAAAUGAAGAAGGUUAUGGGAUGCGACUGCCGCCAGUUAUGGGAGCACAUGAAGUCUCUCACACAGAAAAAAUUGAGGCGUUUACUGGUAGCUGAAGAUAAGUUCACCUGCAUACCAGAUAUAGCUCGCAUGUCGCUCACAGACUGGCAGUUGUACGACCAGGUGCUGGUACAUGAGGACCUGGACGUUAUAGGAUUGCACACAAUGGACCCCUACAAGCCUGACAAUAAGGUUCUGAUAGACCUGUUCGGGCUGGUGCAGCGAUUCGAUGUAGAGACGAAGUCGGGUGAGGAGUUGGCCGACGCGUGGACAGCGGCCACUGUUUAUUAUAAUACACAAGGACAUCAGUGCUCCCCCAUGCUGCUGCAGAAGCGAUGGUAUCAGCUAAAAUUUGAGACUCGUCGCCGGUUUUACGAAUACUGGCACUCGUACCGCGGCAACGAGAAGAUGUUGACCAAAGCCGAGCAGUACCGACCCACAAUAUUACAAAGGACUAUGGCUAGACGAUUUCCAGAGAUCAUAAUUGAAAAGUUUCCAGAUUGGGAAACUAGUAUUGAAGAAAGUCGCAUCAUUCUACCUGCCGAUUUUGAACGCAGAAAGAAUAUUAAAGUUUUACCACAACCUAAUGCCGAAAAUUCACCAGACAUAAUCGUCCUGGAACCAAACAUAGAAACAGUAGAUUUGCUGCAGGACUCUGAUUCGGACGAAGAAAACGGCCAAGAGGAUACUGAUGUUAACAAUGAUAAAGAUGAUAACAAUCCAGUCACAGAGGUAAAAGUUAAAGUUGAACCAGAAGAUUCCGAUGUAGAUUACACAGAAAACGAGGAACCGAAAAAAACUGACUUAGCUAUGGCGGGUGUGGUUGCCGAAGAAACACUUUUCGAUAACAUCGAUGAUGAUGAUAUCAUUGAAUUGACAGCAGAGGAAGACAGUAUAAAAACGAUUGCCAGCAGCUUUGAAAAUGGAAUCAUCAAUGAUGAAUGUGCUGCCGAAGAAAAUACUGAUACAGAUGGGUUAUUUAUUCCAAAAAUAACAAACGUUUUCGGCAACGUUAAUAUGACAGACGAGACAUUGUCACUCAUAGAUAAUUUAACAAAGACCGCCCCAUGGCCUGCGAAUGUAUCUGAAAGUAAUGAAGAAAAUAAUGAUGAUUCAUCAAAUAAAGCGAAAGAAGUCAGCGAUGGGCCAGUGUGCUUGGCCAUUGAUAUUGAAGAUCCUAUCGUUGACUCCGAUGAUAAGGUUGAAGUAAUCAAUGGAAAUGAUUUAAAAGAAACACUUAUUACGGACGUAUCUCCUAUUAUAUUAAACACAGUAUCUCUCAAACCAAAUAGUGGAGAUGCAGUAUUAUCUAGAAUAACUGAAAAUUUAAUAUCAGUAAAGAAGGACACAAACAAAACUGAUAAUGUAGACGUUAGAACACUACAAUUCGGUAAUAUAGAUCUGUCGACAUUUGGGGAGAUUUCGGAGGAUGUCAACUUUGCUGACGAUGGAAUUGAACUCGUUGAUGAUGGUGUGGCGGAUAUUGAUCAGUCUAUAUUUAAAAUUAAAGAUGGAGAUAAUAGCGGGGUAACUGAGAAUAGCGAUGUCACUAGAAAUUCCAACGAGAGUCAAGAAUUCAAAUUGGAUGAGAAACUAUUUUUAGAUCCAGUAGUUUAUACAAAGAAAUUAAACGACAUGUGCAUAUUGAAGAAUAAAGAUGUUAAUACAAUAAAUGUUAAAACAUUAUUAAAUAAAAUAAUACUUGAAAGUAAACCGAUAAGCGACAGAAGUGUAGACGCUGAAAAGAAGCGAAUUGAGAGACAGAGAAUAUCACCAUCUAGUUACAUGUUACAGAAACCAAAAAAUCGUAAGUACAAUCCAAUACAAUUGUGUAAGAAUCCAGAUUUCAAUACAAGAUUAAAAAGGUUGACUGCUGGAUUUCUUAGUUCUUGGCAAAACAGGACUCUACUCAAAGCUUGCAAGCCACUUACCAUAGAUUUAACAAAGGCUUUUGAAUCGAAGUUAAUUAACAAUACAAUAUAUUUGAAAAAACCUGAUAAUAAUCGUAUAAUUGAAAUUGAUGAGGAUGAAAUAAAAACAACAUCUGUAAUGCCAUCCAUAAUACCGAUCCAAACUUUGAUUGAUAGUACUAGGUUGGACGAUGUUUUAAAGUUAAAAAGUGGAUAUAGCUCUGAUUCAAAUUCAGAAUCUGAGGCUACUGUUGUAGAAAGGGACAAAGUGAUCCACCCUCCGGAUAUAACGAAAGUUAGGCGAAUAAACCAACCAUUAGUAACUGCAGAAGUCAAACCUAUUCAAACUGAAAAUAUAAGUAAUAGUUUAAACUCAAAUAACGUGAAUAUGAAACCCGAACCUGACGUUAGUACAAAUGAAGAUAAUUUAAAUGCUCAGACCUCAAAAUCUGAAGAAGCUAAAGAAAGUGAGGAAGAGAACACAAGCACAGUAGGGCAAAAAGCAAGUCUUUUAGCUAAAAUGCUAGUAGCUCCGGCUCCGAGUCCAGUGUUUAAGAAACCAAUUGAAAAUACAUUGAAUAAUAGACAAAAUUCGAUAACGACUGAACUAAACAGACAAAAGAACCAAAAAAAGGCUGCCACGGGUCCAGUCAAGGGAGUCCGACCAUGGAGGCCAUCAAGGCCUUCGUGGAUUAAAGCUUUUCCCUAUCUGGAAGUGAAACAUGAUGAUUUUCUCCUCACAAUAGAUACUCUUCAUAAAAUGUUGCAUCUGUUUCAUGGGAAAAAUAAUAAACAAUCAUAUUCAAAGUUAAAGAACAAGCAGAAAAAAAAGGUUGAAAAGAAGAAAGAAACGAAACCACCUCAGAAAGAGAAAGAAACUAAGCCAAAGGAGUCAAACGAACCUUCGAAAGAAAAACAGACUUCUAAGAAAGCGCCUCGUCGUGUAGUAACAAAGGUAGUUUAUGGAAAUUCGCUUUGCUGUUGGGCGCGGGAACAAAUUGCCAUCCAUAAUAAUGAAACUCGUAAACGUAGAAGGGUGCACGCAUGUUUGAAUGCUGAUAGCUGUAAGUGUUGUUGUAAGGAUGAUCUAGAAAAAUUGAUUGCUGUUGACAAAAUACGCCCAGACCUUAUAGUUCCAGUAACACGUUGGCCGAACUCUGUGCCGCAAAAGGAUGAUUUACAAAAUAAUGUACCAGAUAAUACUCUGUCACAAGCAGAGCAUUCACAGGACACGAAUGUGCCGACCAUUGCCGGCGUUUAUUCUCUUAACUCAAGUGCAAUUGCAACAAGUGCAGUGCAAGAAGAAAUCUCUUUAAAUCCUAACACUAGUUUUGCGUCACCAGAGUUGAUUAAUGAAGUUAUUGACCAAUCGCUAACUUCACAAAAACCAGAUGAUGAAAGUAUAGAUCUAAACAUUCCAAUUUAUGACGAAACUCUUUUAGUCAAGCCUAAAGUAAUGCCUAAAAUUAUUGUAUCACCCACAAAGAAUAAUUACUUAGAAUUAGGUAUACCAAUUCAAGAUGUAAGUCGAGUAACAAAAUCUUUAAUGAGUUUGGGAGCAACUUCUGCAGUUGAACACCAUAAACUAAAUAUACCAAUAAUUGAUGAAACGCAAUUAAGUAAAACGUUACUCAAACCCCAAACGACGGCGGCACCUGUGACGCCCGUGGCGCCUGUGACGUCUGUAGGGAAUAAUUUAAACAUACCAAUCCGCGACGAUACCAAAUUGGUAAAACCAGUAAUUACAGAGGUUAUUGAAGAUGACGAUGUUGUAGAUGUUACUAUUAAAAUUACCAAAAAACCAACACCCUUAUUAGAAACCUAUAAGGGACCAGCUAAAUUAGGAAAGGAAGAUAAAAAGCCAAAAUGUACAUGUUCAAUGAAGAAAACUCUCAAUCAAAGGUAUAACAAACCAAUUGUGAUUGAUAAUAUAGACAAACCCAUUGUACAAAAAAAUGACGACGUAAAAGUUACCGCCGAAUCAAGUAAUAAGGACAAAGUAUUAAUUUUAAAUAGUAAACAAAUGAUGAAGAUUCCUGUUGGAUGUCCUAUUUUUUUGGGCACUAAUAAAAUUCUUUUGACUGACAUCAAGUUUCCGAGUUCAAUGGAAGAAUCAAGCCAAAGCCAAACUAGAAAUCCAAUUCCGCAAUAUCCCGCACCUUCGCUACCGUUACCACGAGGAGUUCAGUUAGUGCUACCCCAUACUGGCCAAUUAACUUACAUCAUGAAAUCCGGAUUUGAGCUUAGUCCUGAAGAUAAAGCCAGGAUGCCGGCACUUUUACAAACAGUUCAAAUGCAAAUGAAUUCAGCAGGGAUCACUUCAACAACAGCAGCAACUACGACCGAUGGAAUUUCAAAUGAGGUAGUUGAUAUAUCUGACGAUGAAAUGUCGUCGACGCCAAAAAAUGACAAUAAUGUUAUUUCGACCCCUGCUGCCACAUGCGAUGAACAAAAUAAUGGAAACGAUAGCAGCCUAAAUUCGAGUCUAGAAGAAAUAGAAAUAUCCCAAACCAACACGCUAGUAGAAGAAAUAUCAUCAAAUAAAGUUAAUGAUAAUGUACUAACUUCACAAAUUCUUCAGAAUAUCACUCAACUUCCUAGUGAUAAUAAAGAAUGUUCUAAAGAUACCUUAAAUGUCUCUAAUAAAGUCGUAGAACAACCAAAUAAAGAAAGUAUGGUAAACCCAUCUACUAAUUCCACGGGUACGGUUCCAAUUUUAGAUACACGAACUGUCAUUGACGCUAAUGUAAAUAGCGAAGUUAAAAAAUCAAGUAGUUAUGAUAAUGUAAAUGAAAAAAACGAAAGGGCACCAAGUGCCAAGAAAACAAUACUUUCAGAUUUAAUGGAAAUGUCUGGCAUAUCAGCAGAGGACGCGUUGCCUGUACAAGUGUCUCCUGCGAAAAAUGAAUGUAUCCCUCCACUACAUCCGUAUAUUCCUGGUCCAUCGACAAGUUUACCUUCGCCAGAUAACACAUUACAACUUACCCACGAAUUAAAUACAGUAUCAUCAUUCGCGCAGCUAAAGUACGCAUAUCAUAAUAAUGGGAAGUUCUAUAAACUAGAUUUUGAUACUGGCAUAGUAGUGCCGAUAAACGUUUGUUUAAAGAAAAAACCGCAAAGCUCUACUACCAGUGAGAUUCCCACCAGCACCUAA